AUGGUUACUAACCCACACUCUCUCAUGGCCAAGAUUUUCAAGAGCAGAUAUUUCAAAAAUUCAGAUCCUCUGAAUGUUUCUCUUGGCUCUCGUCCAUCGUAUGCAUGGCAUAGCAUCCAUGCUGCUCAGAAAUUGAUCCAGCAGGGAGCCAGAGUAGUUAUUGGGAAUGGCAGAAGCAGAAGCACUAAGGUCUGGCAUCAUCGUUGGGUUGGAAAAGAGCCAGCAACUAUGAUACAAUCGAUGAAGCUCAACGAGAGUCGAAACAGAUGGCCUGUCUCUGAUGAUAUGACUGUAAGUGAGUUGAUGGAUCGAGGUGGAAGAGCAUGGAAUGAGGAAAUGCCGGAGGAUUUGUUUACAGAAGAGGUGAAGGAGAGAAUUAGAAGAAUCACCCCAGCAGGACUGAGAAGUAAAGACUAUGAUGCUCUUGCAACGAUCACUAAAGCAAAGGAGGAUGAGAUGGAAUGGAAAAAUAGAGAAGAGGUGAAAGAGAAGGAGGUUAAAACAGCCACACCAGAGAAACCUGUACAGAGAUGGAAACCACCACCGCCAACAUGGUUAAAAUGUAAUACUGAUGGAGCCUGGAAGAAAGAUACAGGUGAAGGAGGCAUGGGAUGGGUGGCGAGAGAUCACCAGGGGAAUCUUGUGUGGGCGAGGAAGCUACCAAGAGCGAGAUCAUCAUUAGAGACAGAGAUUGAAGCGCUAAGAUGGGCCAUUCAAGCCAACUCCGGGUUUGGAUACACGCGAGUGAUUUAUGAGACAGACUCCAUUGUGCUGAAGAGACUAAUCAGUGGAGAAGAAGCUAUGUAG